AUGGCAUCAUCGAAACUUUUUCGAUACGAAAUUACCAAAUUUAGUAAUGGCAAAAACCAUCAUCAGAAAGUCAGUCACCCAAAAAUUAGCGACCCCAAAAUCUUACUGCGUAAAAUGCGCAGUAAAGACCCAAAAUUAGGCGCAUAUUAUUAUACUCAGACUCAAGCUCAACCAAUUAGCCUAUUGCAUCCCACCUCUUACCACCUUGAACAGACACAGCUGCGGAGUAAGCGAGGGCAGUCUACAAGUAACGAUGGUGCGCCUCCUACACCAAGCAAUUCUUUUACUAAUAAUAAUACAAUAGAUCCCGAAUCACCUGACAUAACUCAAGAUCUGGAUUUUGGUGAUCCAUCCUCCACCAUCAUGUCCCCACUAUCAAAUGCCUCUCCGAUCGGUUCGCCGUCUCAAAAUUCAUUUGAGCCUGACGAGUAUAUUGAUACUGGUUCUCAAUUUGGGGAAUCACCUGGGACACAACCAUCAAUCUAUUCUCCUGGUCCAGACAAUACAGAUUUCUACUUUGACACCGCAGACUUCUCGACCAGUGCCCCUGCAAGUGCAAUAGAUGUAAAGACAAUAACUGCCCAGAAAUUCUUUAAUAAUCGAACACACAAUAAUAGUAAUGGAUUUGCAAGUCAAUAUCCGGUAAGCAUGUCACUGCCUGUCACGCUCAAUCAAGCGGCGGGCACCGAAUGGUUUGGCACUAGUUUGGAUCAAUCGAGUGGAUUCGCAGGCGCACAUCCUUCAUCCCUACAAUUCCCCAGCGGUGAUAUGCCACCAAUCUUGGGUAAUGAUUUCUUGCAAGAAGAGGAGAAUGCUGAGAAGCGUGCUCUGCUGAAUGAGAAACGACGUAAGCGACGAGAAUCACAUAAUGCUGUUGAGCGACGUCGCCGGGAUAAUAUAAAUGAAAAGAUUCAAGAACUCUCGACAUUAUUACCUGACCUGUACAACGAUUCGGCCAAUAAACCAAAUAAAGGAGUGAUCCUACGCAAAUCAGUUGAUUAUAUUCGUGACCUCAAAAAGAUUGUUGAUCAACAAGGUGCACGAAAUCAAGAAUUGGAAGCGUUGGUUCGUGAUCUUCAGAGUAAAAUGAAUGCAAGUAGUCUGGACGGCACAUCUGGCGGAUGA